CACUUAAAAAUUAGAAAAAUCCCAAAAGGCAAAAUUUGAAGCCACUAAAUCUUGUCGCUGAGCUGACUUGCUUAGCUAGAAAACCGAGAGCAAAGAGAUUCAUUUCAUUCCAAACAUUAAAUUCAAUCUCAAUUUGAAAAACACAAAGCCCUAGAUUCAUUCAAUCAAUCUAAUCUUCCUCCCUUUUCUUAAAGUUUCAAUCUUUUAAUUCAAAAAAAAAAAAAAAACAAUCAAGAAUGAGCAGCAGCAGGAAAGAAGAAGAAAGAAAUGAAAAAAUUAUUAGGGGUUUGAUGAAACUUCCACCAAAUAGAAGAUGCAUCAAUUGCAACAGCUUGGGACCUCAAUAUGUGUGCACAAAUUUCUGGACGUUCGUUUGCAUGACAUGUAGUGGGAUACACCGUGAGUUUACUCAUCGUGUUAAAUCUGUGUCCAUGUCUAAGUUUACUUCACAAGAAGUUGAAGCCCUUCAAGAAGGUGGUAACCAGCGUGCAAGGGAAACAUUUCUUAAAGACUGGGACCCACGAGAACAGAGACUUCCAGAUAACAGCAAUGUGGACAAAGUUCGAGGCUUUAUAAAGAGUGUUUACGUCGAUAAGAAAUUUUUCUCUUCAAAGACAUCCGGAAAGCCUCCAAGAGAUGCCCUGAACAAUAUAAAUCAUGAGGAUGAAACAAGACGAGCUAGUUCAUAUCACUCUUACUCUCAGAGUCCACCAUAUGAUUAUCAAUACGAAGAACGUCGCUAUGGCAAACAGGCUCCCGCACUUACUAAAAAGCCUGGAUCGGACAGAGGAAUGAUACGAUUUAUGAGCACAAGCAGGCUUAGUGAUCAUGUGCAGGAAGACAGGUUUGCAAACGAGGUAACUAAUGCCCGACCUUCAGAUUUUUCAGCGACCAGCGGAGGUGAUUUAUUUAGAUCUGGUACGCAAUCACCUCCCUCUUUGUCACACUCGUCAGGAUCUGGAAAGUUUGAUUGUUUGGACCUUUUUAGUGCUCCCAAUCCAUCUCAGUCAAUCCCAUCUGCACCUGCUGAAUCUGAAAAGUUUGGUGGUUUGGACCUGUUUAAUGCACCAAAUGCACCUCAAUCCACCGCACCAGUCUCUUCUACUGAACCUGGAAAGUUUGAUGGUUUGGAUCUUUUUAGUGCACCAUCUGCACCUCAGUCGACUGCAUCGGCUUCUUCAGCCAUUGACCUUUUUAACACAUCAGCUACAUCUUCAGCUACUGUAGUACCAUUUUCGAGUGUGAACCAGCAGUUCAAAGCUUUUGAACCUUCUUUGGAUUUAUUUACCAUCAUGCCCCAGCAACAACAGUCAGCUGGAACCUCAAAAGAUAAUUCAGCGGAUACCAUUAGUCAAAAAGAUGAUGGGUGGGCUACAUUUGACAUGCCUUGGCAUGCAGAACCUAGUCAGGUCAUUAAAAGUUCGAACACCGUGUCAGAAACCUCCACCAGUGACGAGACUCUUGGGAAAUCUGACCAAAGUAAAUCUCUAGACAAAAGCUCUAACUGGUCGUUUCAGCACGAUUUUAGUGCUAGUGGGCCUUCAUCGUCAGUGCAUAACUCAUGGCAUGGAGGUGUGCAUGAUAUUGGGGAUCUGGUGAAUACAAUGAAUAAUCAGUCAUGGAGUUCAUUUGAAGGAUCUAACACACCUUUUGAGAGUAUUUAUACAAAGAGUAGCCAACAAGUUCCAGUACAAGAUCCUUUAGUUGCAGACCCAUAUUAUGCAUGGGGAGUAUCGGAGAAUUUCACGAUGAAACAAGCUGAUUUUGAUGCUAGACCUGCUUCUUUCUCAACACCACCUGCUCCUGGAUUAUUAGACUCUUCAAAUGAAUUCCCUGUGCUGGAUGGAGCACAAUCACAUGGACUCGAUACAAAAUCUCGCAAUCCAUUCGAUUUUGCUGGUGAUGUUGAUCUAGAACCUAGCAGCAUGUUCUUGGACAUGAGCUCUUUGCAAUCUGCUCUACCAAAUCAUAAUAUGUCGACGUCACCGUGGUUUGCAGAAAAUGCAGCAAUACCAUAUACUUCUGAUACCUUGGUAUAUAUGUCAGCACAAGCACCAACCAUGCAGAUUCCGAACAUUCCAGCGCAGGGUCCUGUGGCUUCAAUAGGUGGAAACCCGUUUGGAUAGGGUCAACUAUACUUUUUGCGGGUCAAUUGUUGCUCUGUAUUUGUUGUAAAAAUAAGCUCUGUUUGCACUCAAUCUUAUUGAGUAUCUUAGAAGACCAUGUGGUUUGAAGUUUUAGAUAUUUUAGUGGGCAGCACCUGGAGGAAUAAACAUUGAUAUAUAUGUGCUGAUAGUUCCUUAAAAUUGUUUAGUUUAUUGGUUUCUGGCAAAUUGAUGCACUCAGUGUAAUUGGAUUUUGCUGUUUGCUUGGUGUAAUCUCGAACCUGCAUAGUUUAUGCAUGACUAGUUAUCCACAAAAGGUCGAUAACAAAAAAAUUUCACCGAGGCUUGUUUUCGACGAGUCAUAAA